AACAUCAACUAGACAAUCUCGUGAAUCUCCAUGCGUUGGACAGUCAGUGCUUGCAGUAUUUAUUGUUAAUCUCAACUAAUCUGUUAUUCUAUUGUUAUGAAUUGAAUAUAAAUCACCUAGUUAAUAUCCAAAUCAAUGUUGUUUAAUUCAAAUUUAAAUUAAAACGAGUUUUUAGUUUUAUUAUUUAAAAUAUUUUUUGAUUUUUAUUUGUUCAAAAUUAAUUAAACGUUUACAAAGCAUAAACAUAUUUUAAAAAACAAGUGUUUUUUGGUGAUAAUUAUUAUAUUGUGAUGUAAAAAUAAAUUUUUUUUUAUCGAUUAUUUUUUAAAAAUAACUGUUCUUUGGAAUAACCCAGGUUUUAAAAAUAAAAAUAAAAAAAAAACACAAAAAUUUAUUUUUGUCUAGUCAAAAUGAUUGUUGAUAAUUAGUAUAUCAGUUUCUAAUAAUACAUUAACAGUCUAUGACUAUUUAUCACGAUAAAAUAACAAACAAACAUAAAAAAUUAAAUUUAAAAAAAAAAAAUUUUAAAUUAAAAAUUAUUUAUAAAACUUGUUGUUGCUAUUUUUAUCUAAAAAACAUCGGGUUAAAAAAAAUAAAGAAAAAUAAAAAACUCGACAAAGGAAAGAUGAUAAUAACAAAAGAAAUAAAUUAAUGAGAAAAUUGAAAUUCACAAGCUAUAGAUGCAAUGUAUGUAUACAACAAAUACUCUCAAACUGAGCUCACCUUUGACGAGGAUUAUCUCACUUGAAUGUGUGAUGGCAUGCAAUGUGGCUUUGUGCAUGAAAAAAAAAAACUAAAAUUCUUGCACAAUAAUGCUGAAAACAUGGCCAACAAUUUUGAUGAUGAUGAUGAUGAUGAUUUUACAAACUAUACCUUGACAUUAAAUGACAGUUUAGAAUUUGAAAAGAUGUCCGAAUUAUUAAAUAAUUUUUACAAUGAUAUGGGACACAAAGCUGAUUAUGUACUUAUUGUACUCUAUGUCUCAAUAAUGUUAUUGGCAUUGAUAGCAAAUAUCAUGGUUAUCCUUGUGGUAAUUAAAUACCAAUACAUGCGAAGUGUAACAAAUUAUUUUGUUGUUAAUUUAUCAAUUGCUGAUCUUCUUGUGUCAUUGAUCUGCAUGCCAAUGGCAAUUAGCCAAGCUGUAUCAAUCAAAUGGAUAUAUGGUGAAACAAUGUGCAAGUUGUUUUAUUAUUUACAAGGUGUUGCAGUUGCUGCAUCAGUAUUCACUAUAACAGCCAUGAGUAUUGACAGAUAUUUGGCAAUCAGAAGUCCAAUCGCAUUACGUCGUGUAUUUAAUCGAAAAAGUACAUUUAUGAUUAUUAUUGCACUUUGGUUAAUUGCACUUUUAAUAUUUUCACCAGUUUUAAGUGCUGUAACACUCCAAAGUCCAGAUAUUCAUGACUUGAUUGAUGCUGAUAAUAUACAAAUAUUCAAACCACCUGUUUUUAAAAUUUGCUCGGAGGAUUUUAAAUCACUUGGUAUUCAUGCUCAUCACUUUGGAAUAUUGUGCUUUAUUGUUGUUUAUACAAUUCCUGGUUUUAUCGUACUUACUUUGUACUCAUUAAUGGGAAGAACUCUUUGUGCAAGAAAACCACCUUUUGAUUGUGACAGUGUUGCCGGAAGUGCCAGUUCUCAACAGGGAUUUCGACUUGUCAGAGAAAGAAAAAGAGUUGCAUGGAUAUUAUUGACACUUGCUAUUGGUUUUGCACUGUGUUGGUUACCAUAUAAUGCAUUGCGUUUACUUCUUGAUCUUGGAAUAAUUUAUGAAGGAGGAAUUAUACCAACUUUACUUUCAUAUUUUUUAUUUUUGGGACAUGCAAACAGUGCAUUGAAUCCAGUUGUUUACUGUUUUAUGACCAGAAAUUUUCGACGAAGUGUUGCUGAACUUAUUUGUCAUGGUACAAGUAAAUUUAAUCAUCGUAAAUCCCAUCGUAAUAAUGUUGGUGGAGUCGGUGUUGGUUCAAGUGUAAAAAAUCAUGGCUGGAAUAAUAGAAAAAAUCAGAAACCAUAUGCCGUUGCUGCAUUACAGCAUUCAACAAUUAAAAAUAAAAAUAAAAGCUUUACAUCAAGUAGUGGAUAUGAAAAUUCAUAUGAUCGUCAUAGUCCACACAGACGUUGUUAUAUGCUUAAAACGAUAAAAAAUAACAAUAAGAAAAAUGACACAAAUAGGAUAGAUGAAUUAGCAGAUAAUAUAAAUAAAAAAUCUACACCUCAUCGUAUACGUAGUAGUUAUAGUGAUUGUGGAAAAACAGAUAAAUCCGUUGUGUUUGAUGGCAAAAGAAGUCAAAGUUUGUGUGUAUUGUCAUCAGCUGUAAAUUAUCAAGUUGCGUAUGAUUGUGCAAAUCAAACGACUGUUGUUACAAAUAUUAGUCAAACUGGUAUUUAAAAGUAUAAAAAAUAAUAUUAUAUUCUUCCUUGAAUUUAUUAAUUGAAUUCAAAUUUAAAACAAAAAAGCAUUUCAAAUAUAUAUAUGUUACUUUUGUUUUACAUGAAAUUCAUAUCAAUUACUGGUUUUUAGAAAUUUUAUUUUCCGAGUAUAUUUAUUUUAUAUUAUUAAGAAAAAUAAAAUAAAAAUAUCCAUCUAUUUUUGAUGGCUCUAUA